AUGGCUAAAGGAGGAAAGCUUAAAAACCUAAUGAAGAAGAUUUCUUUUGGUAAAACCAAUCGUACAAGUAGCACCCUAUCAUCAUCAAACUCGGUAGCCGCCUCAUCGAGCUCGUUAGGCUCGGACAUGUCCAUCUCCGACUCCUCGGACACUUCCUCCACCACCCUACACCCAGUGUACGUAGGGAAGUCUAGGAGGCGGUACCUCCUUGCUUCCGACGUUGUUGACCACCCUAUUCUACAACAACUCGCCGGAAAAUCUGCCGGCGAUGAUGAGAUCACGGUGGAAGGGUGUGAAGUGGUGAUGUUUGAACACUUGUUAUGGAUGUUGGAGAAUGCUGACCCUAUGCCUGAGUCUUUGGAUGAAUUUGUGGAUUUUUAUGCUUGUUAA